CACUUAAAGAUAAGAGAUAUCCUUUAAGCAACAAUUUGGGCAUAAACUGGCCAUUAGAAGGCAAGAAAUGUGCUCUCAAAGACAUAAAAAAACCAACCAAGACUUGCAGUCAAAAUCUUGGAAAUUCCUAAAGCAAGCUUAUCCAUUUUCUAAACUCAUCAUUUCGAGAUACCUACUUACCAAUUAUUCUAUUCUUGAGCUUUUGACGUUGGCAUUAGCUCAUCUCAACUCAUACACAACCAGACCAUCAAAUGCAUAAAUAGGAGACCACACUCUUCCUUGCCUCCCUCCUCAUAACACACAACAAACAAUAUCAUCAUCUCGUCAAAUUAUAAUUAUGAUGCCAUCCUCAACUUCUCUCCCUCUUACUUUCAGCAUAAUUCUUGUAUUAGCUUCCUUAGCCGCUUCACAGCCAAUUCAUGAAAAAUUCUACCAGUGCAUUAUGCUCAACUCCGAGCUCUCCAUUCCUUUUUCCACAGCUUUUUGUACCCCUAACAAUGCUUCCUUUAAUUCCAUUCUCCAAUCUUCUGCACAAAACCUCAGAUGCCUGGGUUCUUCUGUGCCUAAGCCUCAGCUCAUCUUCACACCAUUAGUUGAAAACCAUGUCCAAGCUGCUGUAAUUUGCGCCAAUGAAUUAGGCAUCCAGCUCAGAUUACGAAGCGGAGGUCAUGAUUAUGAAGGCCUCUCUUACAUAUCUGAAAUGGAAGAACCAUUCAUCAUAUUGGACCUUUCAAAACUUCGCUCCGUCAGCGUAGAUAUGCAGGAUAGCAGCGCAUGGGUUCAGGCCGGUGCAACGGUUGGUGAACUUUAUUACAGGAUUUCACAGAAAAGCAAAACUCAUGGCUUUCCUGCCGGUCUAUGCACCAGCUUGGGAAUUGGAGGGCAUAUAACUGGAGGAGCCUAUGGCACCAUGAUGAGGAAAUAUGGGCUUGGAGCCGAUAAUGUGAUUGAUGCAAGAAUAGUUGAUGCCAGUGGCAGGAUUCUUGAUAGGGAGUCCAUGGGAGAAGAUCUCUUCUGGGCUAUUAGGGGUGGUGGAGGGGCUAGCUUUGGGAUUAUACUUGCGUGGAAAGUAAGAUUGGUUCCUGUUCCGGCAACUGUCACAGUUUUCACAGUUCCAAAGACCCUGGAAGAAGGUGCGACCAAGAUUCUCUACAAAUGGCAACAAGUUGCUGAUAAGCUUGAUGAAGAUCUCUUCAUCAGAGUCAUCAUACAAGUAGUGAACGGUGCCAAAAAAGGUGAGAGAACCGUGCAAACUUCUUAUAAUGCUUUGUUUCUCGGCAGAAUAGAUAGACUAUUGGAUGUGAUGGAAGUGAGCUUCCCUGAAUUGGGAUUGACGCGAAAGGAUUGCAUCGAAAUGAGCUGGAUUGAGUCGGUGCUCUAUAUUGCUGGUUACCCAUCGAAAACGCCACCUGAAGUUUUGCUCCAGGGGAAGUCUUUAUUCAAGAACUACUUCAAAGCCAAAUCGGACUUUGUUAGAAAGCCCAUACCGGAGGACGGGCUUGAAGGUCUUUGGAAAAGGCUUAUGGAAGAAGAUUCACCGUUGGUGAUAUUUAAUCCUUACGGUGGAAUGAUGAGUAAAAUUUCGGAAUCUGAAACUCCUUUUCCUCACAGGAAAGGUGUCAUAUUUAAAAUACAAUACCUAACCCUUUGGAACGAUGACAAACCAGAAUCCGAGGCCAAGCACAUGGACUGGAUUAGGAGGCUGUACAAUUACAUGGCUGCAUAUGCUUCCAUGCUCCCAAGAGAAGCCUACGUGAACUACCGGGAUCUUGAUCUGGGAAUGAACAAAAAUGGCUCCAGUUUUAUAGAGGCAAGUUUGUGGGGUACCAAAUAUUUCAAAGACAACUUUAUAAGGCUAGUCAAAGUGAAGACCAAAGUUGAUCCCGAUAAUUUCUUCAGACAUGAACAGAGUAUCCCAACUCUUCCCUUGAUGAAUGAGGGAAGAGAGAAGAGUACGUUCCACUGAGACAUGGUCGGAUGGCUACAUGAGAGUUCAUAAGAUUGUUAUUAGCAUGCUCUAUAAGGUUGCCCCUCAUAGUUCUGUUUGUCAUUUCGUUUGUAAUAUUUACUAUUUUGAUAAUCUCGCACUGUAAUCUAACUGCCAUAUCAAACUCUUUAUGCUCUUGCUUUUCCAAUAAAGAUAAAAAUCAAGGGGGAGUCAUAUUUGAGAAGCCCCUCCGGAGCAACAUUUUAUGCUUUCGGGA